AAGACUUCUGGGGGAAAGAUUUGCGUGGCAGUUAGUGAACACAAGACUGCGACAAUGCAGAUCGCCGUGUUUGCCCUCACAAUGGAGGAGGCAGCAAGUCUUUUAUGACAAGUGGAGGGCUCUGCAGUACAGCCUUCGGGAGCAACAUCUUUUGUCAAAAUUCUCAAGACGUACCCCAACUGCAGCGAUGGUGGCCAAAGUCAUAGAUGCAGAGGGCUGGACGGCCAAUCAUCCUCGUCCAGAGGACAUCAUGGCGAAGUGGAGGCCGCUCAGCAGAGCACAGGCGGAGAGUGACCCGGGCAUCAUCAAGGGGGUGACCAGGCAGAAAUGGUCGGGUCUGGCUGUGAAGGCCUUUGGGGAGCAGAAAGGCGUUGUUGCAACCAAGGCCUUCGGGAAGGGCUCCAUCCUGUGUGAUUUCCACGGAAAGGUGAUCACAGGUGCUGAGGGCAGGGAGAUGGCAGAGACGCAGGACGAGCUGGGAAACCUGUUUUUCUUCAAACAUGGCCCUGACGAAAUCUGCAUCGAUGCGGAGACUUUCCCCUGUGAGUGCCACCCGUCUCUGGAAACCAUCGGGAGAUGGAUUACACACUCAAAGAAGAAGUGCAACGUGCAGCCAUGCCACUGCAUAGUGAAGCUUCAGGGGGGAGACAGGCACGUCCUGCUCUUUCAGGCCACCACGGACAUUAAGAAAGAUGAUAAGAUCUGCUUCGACCACGGCAUCAAGAAGAGGACUUUUCGUGGGGAGGAAGAGGAGCUGGAAUGGCUGGACAUUUGA